UUUCAGUUUGAGUUAUUCAACGUUGGCGAGCAGCAGCAAAAAACAGCUAAGAGCCAAAAAGUGAUUUCAGAGCCGUGAGCGCAACGGCGGCCAAGAAGGGAAAGCAAACCAACCGAGUGUGUAUUAAAUACACAUAGCAAGCAGAUUUUUCUUUGCGCUCCGGGGGAGACACCGAGACACUGUGCUGCGCGCCAUUCCGUGUUGGAGCUCUCGUUGUGAACGUCGUCGGAGAUUCAGUGGCAGCAUUCAUAUUGCUGCCUAUUAUUUAAAAUAUUUCCUUCAGUGUCGGCGGUAGCAAUAACAGCCUCGUCGUGUUGGCCACAAAUAGCAAUCAAUACAAUUACAACGCUGGAGAACAACUGUUGGAUUUGGACGCGGCAGCCCUAAUGUCGUUGCCAAUGAAUUCGCUGUACUCGCUCACUUGGGGCGACUAUGGCACGUCUUUGGUAUCGGCCAUACAAUUGUUGCGCUGCCAUGGCGAUCUAGUCGAUUGCACAUUGGCAGCCGGCGGACGCAGUUUUCCGGCCCACAAAAUCGUGCUAUGCGCCGCCUCUCCAUUUCUGCUGGACUUGCUAAAGAACACACCAUGCAAGCAUCCAGUGGUAAUGUUGGCUGGCGUUAAUGCCAACGAUUUGGAGGCGCUGCUGGAAUUUGUAUAUCGCGGCGAGGUGAGCGUUGAUCAUGCGCAGCUGCCAUCGCUGCUGCAGGCAGCGCAGUGCCUCAAUAUACAAGGACUCGCACCGCAGACAGUGACUAAAGAUGACUACACCACGCACUCGAUACAACUGCAGCAUAUGAUACCACAGCAUCAUGAUCAGGAUCAACUAAUCGCCACCAUAGCCACGGCUCCGCAGCAAACUGUGCACGCACAGGUUGUGGAGGAUAUACAUCAUCAAGGACAAAUACUGCAAGCGACGAACCAGAACAAUGCCAGCGGACACCAGCAAACGAUUGUGACCACAGAUGCAGCCAAACAUGAUCAGGCCGUUAUACAAAGUUUUUUGCCCGCACGCAAACGCAAGCCACGUGUUAAAAAAAUGUCACCAGCGGCACCGAAAAUCAGCAAAAUGGACGGCAUGGAUACUAUAAUGGGCACACCAACUUCGUCGGGACAGCAAGUGGUGCAGCAACAAGUGUUGGAUGAAAAUGGCGCCGAAGCACAAUUGUUAAGCAGCACACCCAUCAUCAAAAGCGAGGGGCAAAAGGUCGACUCAAUUGUAACCAUGGAUCCGGACAAUAUGAUGCCAGUGCAAGCGGCAAAUGCGGCAACAGGCGAAAUCACAGCGGCAACAGGCACAACAGUUACAGGCAACAGCAGCGGCACGACGGCAACACCCAAGGCCAAGCGCACCAAACAUCCGCCUGGAACAGAAAAACCACGCUCACGCUCGCAAUCGGAACAACCAGCUACUUGCCCCAUUUGUUAUGCCGUCAUACGUCAAUCGCGCAAUUUGCGUCGCCAUCUCGAGCUGCGGCACUUUGCCAAGCCGGGCAUUAAAAAGGAGAAGAAAACAACCAGUGGUAAGAAAAGUGGCAGCGGCACCUCUGGCUCUGCAGGCGGCAGUGGCAACUUAAGCUCCAGCGGCGGCGUGCCGCAAGUGCAGACCGUGCAAUCUCUACAUCCGCUGCAGAGUGUGCAAGUCAAAAAGGAUCCCGAUGCGCAGCAACAACAGCAGCAGCAGCAGCAACAACAACAGCAGCAGCAGCAACAAGCUAUGACAGUGAGCAGCAACAGCGGCCAAGUGCAGCAGCAGCAGCAACAGGUGCAGCAGGUGCAAGUGCAGCAGCAACAGCUGCAGCAUCAUCAAAUCAUUGACUCGUCGGGCAACAUUACCACAGCAACCACCAGCGCACAAGCAGCAGCGCAGCAGCAAGCGAGCAAUCAGCAAUUGGUGGCACAGUCCGGCGAUGGCAGCGAGAGUGGCACGCCCUUAUCUAUAGCUCAAGUGCAGACGUUGCAAGGUCAUCAAAUCAUUGGCAACAUCAAUCAGGUGAAUAUGACAGACUUUCAACAGCAGCAACAACAACAACAACAACAACAGCAGCAGCAACAAACACAACAACCACAACAGACACUUUGAAUGACGCAACGGACCGAUUUAUAUAGUAGAGCUCCACUAUUUGAUAGCUUAAUAAUCUUUUGACUUGGUUUUAAAUUUAAUGUGCGUGUAGUCAAAUUAUUGUUUUUUAAAAAUCUAACAAUUGGCAAUUGUAGAGCAAAUUUUGUAUCAGUUUGUAUCAGUUAUUUUUCGAUUAUGACACCUGUUUAAAUUGUUGUUGAAUUUGUUAUUUUAAUAAUAUUUACUUUAGCCUUAAGCUAGUGUCAUUCACAAAGUUUGCUCUACAAUGUUUAAGCAAAUGUUGGUUAUUUAAUUCUUCUGUUGUACAAUUUUGUAAAAUUUUAACUGUUUGUUUCGCCUACAAUUAGUUUGGUUUCAUAUCUAAAUAUUUUAGUUAAUUCUAAGUGCGCGCGUUAUGGUUACUGUGCUGUAGUUUUUCCUUUUUCCUAUCCUAUGUAGUUCAUAGGCAUCCCGAAUGGUGCAAUAGUUAUGCAAUAUUAAUUUUCAACUUUGUCGACAUACUAUAUAAUUUCUUUAUAAUUGUACAAAAGCCAAAAUUGUCUGCUUAAAACCCCAAGCCACAGAUAUCUAUGUAUAAGCCGUAGUAGUUCUGAGCCCGAAACUAUCUGUGGGUAGUUCUUGUUGUAGUGCAGCUCUGUAUAAAAAAAAACUAUGCGCUUUUAUAGACAAAAACUUAUACAUAUACAAUUAAUUCAUUUUUAUUUUAAUA